AUGAAGUCUGUUCUGCCCCUCGCGUGUCUUCCCGGCACUCUUGCAGCCGUGUUCGAGCUGCCGGUCUGGAUCCGGAACACCUACGCCGUCGUGGAGAUUGAGGCCGGAACGCCGCCCGUCUCGCACUACCUCGAGUUUGACACGGGCAGCUCGAGCACAUGGAUGGCCUCGUCCGACUGCGUUGCCGACCCGAGCGCAUGCCCGAACUCCAGCGGCUACAAGCGUCCGGGCUACGAUGCCAGCGCGUCGUCGACGUCGUCGUCGCUGAACACGACCGCCUCGAUCGGCUACCUGGGCGGUACCACCGGCGGCAGCGGUGCCAAGGACAUGUUUGCCAUGCCGUCGGCACCCAAGGACACGUGGGCCCAGACGUUCCUGGCCGUGAACGAGAGCUCGUUUGCGGCCCUGCCGGGCGACGGGUUCCUGGGCCUGGCCUUUAGCACCAUUGCCGAGGGCGAGACCACGACACUCGUCGAGACGAUGAUGCAGGAUGGCCUGCUCGAUGAGCCUCGUUUCGCGCUGUACCGCGGCUCCGAGACGAACGACACGGGCAGCAGUCCGGGCAACGGCAUGCUGACCGUCGGCGGCUCGCACGAGGACAAGUACGUCAACGGCUCUCUGGCCUGGACGCAGCUGCAGUACCCCGGCAGCGAGGCCCAGCUGUGGCGCACGGCCAUGCAGUCGGUCGUCAGCCGGCGGCCCAAUACGGCCAAUACCACCUUCCUCGACGUCAACGACUGCUGGGCCGUGUUCGACACCGGCGCCGGCGGCAUCACCGUGCCCGAUCGGCUGAUCGACCAGAUCUACGAGAGCAUCGGCAUGAACUACACCGCCAUCCUCAACGGCGACGUCAUCCCGCUGUGCGAGGACUUUACCGACGACUGGGGCAUCACCGUCUACAUUGGCGACUUUGUCCCGGCCACCGAGCUGACCAUCACCGGCUCCAUGCUGAAGAACCCUGGCUUUGCCGACGGCGAGGCCAAGUACUGCUGGCCGCCCUUUGACAGCAACGAAGCCGAUGGCCUCUUCCUCUUCGGCAACAGCUUCCUCCAGCACUUUUACACCGUCUUCGACUUUGGCGGCAACCUGCCGACCAACUACAGCGCCCGCAUCGGCCUUGGACCCCUCAAGGACGAGUACAAGCCGGUGCUAUAA